AUGCAUAGUGAUCGAAAAUAUUUCCCUCAAAAUCCUGUCCUUCCUCUUCCCAAUCAAGUGGGCAGUUACUACACGAGCAAGGCUCCUGUUCAAUCCUUAUUUGGUGGAACAAUUCUGCCCUCGGGUAUAAAACCUUCUAGGCCCUUUCAUGGUGUUGACUUUCUGACCUCUGAGGCAUGCCCGAGGAAUUUUGUAAUCUUUGACAAAACCAAAAAUAGUAGCCAAAUCAUGUUCCAUCCUGAGAUUGGUUAUAAGUUUCCUCAUCCCGAUUUUGAUGCUGGCAUGUCUAACUGCCUAGACAAUAUUGGUUGGAAGGACAAGAAGGAAGACAGAGAAAUAACUUCUUUCACAGAAGACUCGUAUGAUAUUGAUGCUCUAUUGAGCACUGAAUAUGAAAAUGAGAAGUAUGAUGAAGAUGAGCUAAGCACAGCACGAACCGAUGCAAACUAUGGGAGCGAAUCCUCGGAUUCAUGUUCUAAUUAUGAAUCUCUAUCUAGAAAGAGGUCACCUCCUUCCAAGAGGUCUUCUAAGGACAAGAAACGUCAGAAAAUGAGAAAAAUGGUGAAGGCAUUAAGAGGUAUUGUUCCAGGUGCCAACCAGAUGAGUACUGUAGCUGUUCUUGAUGAAGCUGUUAAGUACCUGAAGUCUCUCAGGGUAGAAGUGCAGGAGAUAGGAGUUGGAAAUUUGGCAAAAUAUGCUUGA